AUGAGUAUGAGCGACCCUUCUGAACAUGAAAGCGCGUGGUUCCCCGAAAUCACCCGCCGCCUGGUCGAGUUGAACGCAUCAACGAUAACGGGGCGACAGAAAGGCACCGGCUUCGAAUCCGAGCUCGACCACGAGAUACACUCUUUGGAGCAUGCAACUAUACAGCUCAAGAGACUACGAAACGCGCAGAGACCGCUCUUGCGCCUUCCGCCAGAAGUCCUCGGAGCCAUCACGGAAUACCUCCUUGACGAAUGGCCUGCGUUUGAACGUCCACGCGAAGAUGACGAUGAAGCCAUCGCCGAGGACAGCGACGUAGACGUAGACGACUAUGUCUAUCAACCGAAGAAUACCGUUAAACGACUCCUUCUCGGCUGGAUUCUUCUCACUCACGCCUGCCAUACACUUCGUGAACUGCUCCUAAGCAGGCAUGCCUUUUGGGCCAGGAUAGUCACUCAGAGCGAGAAAGGUCGGGAUACUAUCCUCGCACGCUGCGGAGAGACACCUCUCGACCUCACGGUGGAUAGCCCACGGUUUUAUGCUCUCAAUCUUGCGCGGCAAGCCCUCGAGUUCAUCUUCAAACACCUCGAUCGAGCUCACACCAUCCGUGUAAACACAAGCGCGCAGGAUAGCGUCGCCUUCUUUGAUCCGGCCAAACUAUUACAGAACUCGAUGCCACACCUCACAAGCCUAUAUAUCUCGCUCACGCACAACUUCAAACGCAUCCCACUGCUCAGUCCCGAAGUACUCGAGCUACCGACGCUCGACGCCCCACGACUUACACGCCUACAACUUACCAACUUCCUUCUUCCCUUCGUGCCGAACGGCCUAGUCAAACUCACGCUUCGAUUCCAUCAUCGCUUUGACUCAAUAUCCACCGAAUACUUCCUGGACGUCCUACAUCGCUCAGAACGACUAGAGUCGCUCACUGUCGAGCACUGCCUGCCACUCCUCCCUGCUGCCGAGCCCACUUCUCCUCCAUUACUCCCGAGACUUCAAGCCGCCAACUUCACCGAUGCGCCGCGUCAGGUCAUUUCCGCUUGGCUCUACAUCCGUGCGCAUCGGCCCUCUGUCUGCUUCGUCCUGGAACUCGAUGAAGGUUUCAAACGCCCUUCUCCCGACGACCCACCCGUCCCAGCGCCUUUGCAAGGCAACAUCGAUGGCACCAUCGCAGGCCUGUCCAUCCAUGACAGAGACCACACAUACUCGUAUGGGUGCCACGACUACUGGGAAGACGGCAUUGACGGCAUAGAGGAGUACGAUCUCUCAUUCUUUGCUUCUCAAGAAGGUGCUACCUUGCGUGACUGGCGCUACGGACGAGGCGACGAUAUGUUCAGAUCGGGCUUCAAGCGGCGUCUUACAACGAGCUUCAAACGCGCGACCAAAACUACGCCCUUUGCCGUGAUGAACGUCCUCACAAGCGUCAUCGACUUUAGCGCACUUACGACUCUGUCGUUGCACACAGGAGCUCUUAACCCACCUACCGCCCAGUGGAUCGAUGUCUUACGACCGAUGGCCCAACUUCACACCAUGUUCCUUCGCUCGGGGACCAAGUCCGUCACAAAAGCUCUGACACCGUCACCGUCAGACGAGCCCAUCCUUCCUCGUCUUCGCCUCCUCUGGAUUCACGCGCUGGUGUUAAUCAAAGGACCCACAACUGAGAGUGUUCCCCACGACGGUCUCGCAACCUACACUCGUACGUUUCAAGCGCGGACCAAACACGGAGUACCUCUCCAACACCUUCGCAUCGACCGGCUGCAGAUGGAGAAGGAGAUUGGCUGA